GUAGAAGAGAAAAAUACAUGGGAGAGGACCGUAUACCGAAAUAAUAGGGUUGUCUCUCUACCUUUACUAUUUGGCUCGCUUCCCCUAUCUGCUGCCAAUUUUGUCUUCUCAAAAGAAUCUCAGACUUCAGGGAGUGAAUUGCACCAAUCUUACCGCGACUACUUCAAUAAAUCGAACUUCGCUCUCUCUCUCUCUUCACUUGUAAUUGUCUCUUUCUCUGUCCAAGAGUCAAUGGGAGACGCUUAUUGGAGGUACAGCGACAGUAGGCAGCAGCCUGCUCUUCAUCCUCUUGCCGGAAAACGCCCUCGCUCGGACUUCGAUGUCCAGGCUCAUGAGUUACCGAGCUAUUAUGCUCGUGAGAAUGAACGAGGAGCACACCGUGUAAUUAGAGAUUCUGACUCCAUUGGAGCAUCCUAUGAUCAUUACCUGCGCAGUGCGCAAAUGCCUUCUUAUGGUGGAGGAGAGUCUGCUAGACCUAUGAGUGGUGGACUAAGCAGUCGUCCUGUUGAUGAUCCACGCAUUAUGAGUAUUGGGGGCUCAGAUCCAGCUGUGACUGCAAAAGGCCGGGGCUUGGGAUUGGGAAGCGGGAGGCAUGAACUUGCCCUUCCUCCUGAUGCCACCAAUACGCUGUUUGUGGAGGGCUUGCCUGCGAACUGUACACGCAGAGAAGUAUCUCAUAUCUUUCGCCCUUUUGUAGGCUACAAAGAAGUGAGACUUGUAACCAAGGAAUCGAGACAUUUUAUGCAGGUUGGGGGUGAUCCACUGGUACUUUGUUUUGUUGAUUUUCAGAGUCCAGCCCAUGCAGCUACUGCUUUGGACGCCUUGCAAGGUUAUAAAUUCGAUGAGCAUGACCGUGACUCGGUCAAUUUAAGGCUGCAAUUUGCUCGCUAUCCUGGUGCGAGGUCUGGUGGCCCACAUCGUGGCAAACGUUGAAUUAUGCAGUUUUACAGGACCCACUCGAGUCGGGAGAUUCACGAUAGCGAGGGAUGUUACAACCACCUUGCAGUUUCAAGAAUUACAUACCUCGCUGAAUGGGAGCUUUCAUUAGGACAAGCAUGAAUCGGGUGGGCUUUUGAUAUUGAGGGACGACAACUCGAGUUUUAAAGAAUACUGACUUUUCUAUUUGCUUUAUACUUCUGUUUUAUACAGUUUCACUAGACUCGCUUAUUAUUAAAUUUUAUCUCGAGUUGAAUCUAGAAAAGAAUGUUUCUGCUUUUGUCUAUGUCUAGAGAUUAGGAUUUUUGUGUCUGAAAUACUGAGUAAUUCGAGAAUAGUGGUGGAAGCGGUGGGUAGUGAUUUGUAUUUUAUUCUAAUUUGUUAUUAAUUUUUCUAA